CACGUCCACUUCAAGUGCGCUUUCAGGCCGCUUUUAGGUGAGGAGACGCCUCAGCAAGACAAACUCCUGGUCCUGAUGUUGACUGGAGAUUUUCCCCAGCUUCAGUCUGGGGAGAGGGACUAGGCAUACAGAUGAUGGAGCUUAGAAGCCGCUGGCUAGGGAAUAAAAUUCGCUGAGCAGUUUGUGCUCAAAUAUGUGGGCCAGGGCGCUUGUGACACAAUCAGGGCGUUUGUGACACAAACCCUUGAGGCAGUUUUCUCCUUGGCAGUUCCUCUGUGGGGGCCUUCCCUUGUGGAGCAAGGGUGAUCUGGGCGCUGUGCAAGCGCCUGGCCGGCUUUCCAGUCUAACUAGGGUCGGUAGCCCAUUUUAGGUGUUUGUAUCAUCGAUGGUGCAUCGCGACAGAGGCGGUGGUCACUCUGGUUGAGGUGGAGAGAGCCUUGUAUUUGACUUUUCGAGGCCGGCCUGGGGGCGCGGGAGGGGGCUCACAUCUCUGAAGAGCGCAAGGAUUAUUUACAGGGUACUCACCAACCAAACACAACAGUCUAAUUUAACCUUUCGAAGUCCUCAUAAAUUUUUACAGGGAGCCACAGCGAGGCAAACGAAUCUGUUGGUCGUUCCUGACUUUCCACCAGCCUGUGUGGGCUUCCGAAACAAUAACUCCUUAUGAAAUAUCAUAAAUAUAGAUUUAAAUACAGUGGAGUGAGAAUGCGAUUUGGCUGCUUUUUUAUGGCUUCAAUUAUUGUCUAAUUUUAUGUGAGGGGCUCUGCUGGCCGUGCUCGCACGCGGGACCCGCGCCUUCCUGAUGGCGUGAUUAAUUGUGAUAUAAAAUAGUCCGCUUAAGAAGUGUGUGUGUCUGGUAUGUGUGUGUGUAGGGGGGGUGGCAAGGGAGAGUACAGAGGCAAGGCCAGAUUUGAUCUUUUAAUCUUCGUUGGCCACAAUUAAAACAAACCAGAUCGUGGAGCUGUGCGAUCCCUUUGCAUAAAAACAUAUGGCUUUUGCUAUAAAAAUUAUGACUGCAAAACACCGGGCCAUUAAUAGCGUGCGGAGUGAUUUACGCGUUAUUGUUCUGCUGGGCGGACACGUGACGCGCGUGGCCAAUGAGGGCGCGGGCGCCGGCAACUUAUUAGGUGACUGUACUUCACCCCCCCUGGUGCCACCAAGUUGUUACAUGAAAUCUGCAGUUUCAUAAUUUCGGCGGGUCGGGCUGGGCCGGCCAGGCGCGGGCUACUGCGAUGGCCACCACCGGGGCCCUGGGCAACUACUAUGUGGACUCCUUCCUGCUGGGCGCCGAUGCUGCCGACGAGCUGGGUGCCGGACGCUACGCUCCAGGGGCCCUGGGCCAACCCCCAAGGCAGGCGGCAGCCCUGGCUGAACACCCCGACUUCAGCCCUUGCAGCUUCCAGUCUAAGGCGGCUGUGUUUGGUGCCUCGUGGAACCCAGUGCACGCGGCGGGCGCCAAUGCUGUGCCUGCGGUGUAUCACCACCACCACCACCACCCCUACGUGCACCCCCAGGCGCCCGUGGCGGCGGCGGCGCCGGACGGCAGGUAUAUGCGCUCCUGGCUGGAGCCCACGCCCGGUGCGCUCUCCUUCGCGGGCUUACCCUCCAGCCGGCCUUAUGGCAUUAAACCUGAACCACUGUCGGCCAGAAGGGGUGACUGUCCCACGCUAGACACUCACACUUUGUCCCUGACUGACUAUGCUUGUGGUUCUCCUCCAGUUGAUAGAGAAAAACAACCCAGCGAAGGCGCCUUCUCCGAAAACAAUGCCGAGAAUGAGAGCGGCGGAGACAAGCCCCCCAUCGAUCCCAAUAACCCGGCUGCCAACUGGCUACAUGCUCGCUCUACUCGGAAGAAGCGAUGCCCCUACACAAAACACCAGACGCUGGAACUGGAGAAGGAGUUUCUGUUCAACAUGUACCUCACACGGGACCGCAGGUACGAGGUGGCUCGGCUGCUGAACCUCACCGAAAGGCAGGUCAAGAUCUGGUUCCAGAACCGCAGGAUGAAAAUGAAGAAGAUCAACAAGGACCGAGCAAAAGACGAGUGAGCCUUUAGGGGCUCAUUUAAAAAAAAAAAAAAAGAGCAAGCUAGAAAGAAAAAGAAAGAACUGUCUGUCUCCCUCUGUCUCCUCUCCCCCAAACCCAGCCUCCACCACCCGCACAAAGGGGCUCUAAAUCCCAGGCCUCAGCUCUCCCUGGCAGUCUCUGCUCAGGCUGCCCCUAGGCCUGCGGCUUUAAUGGAGGAGGUAUUGUAAGCUUUCCAUUUUGUAGAAGGCGCGCGGGCAUACACACAGGGAGGGCAUUAGAGCUGUUGGCUGUAUUGCUAGCUUGUAUAUAUAUAUUUAAAAAAAAUCUACCUGCUUCUGACUUUAAGCAAAAGGAAAGAAAACUACCUUUUUAUAUAAUGCACAACUGUUGAUGACUGGCUGUAUAGUUUUUAGUCUCUGUAGCUAAUUUAAUUUGCUGUUCGUGUGGCAGAUCAUUCUGCCAAGAUACUUGAACACUGUGUUUUAUUGUGGUAAUUAUGUUUUGUGACUCAAACUUCUGUGCUGGGUGAAGCACCCAUUGUGACUGUGGAAGCUAGAAUUCGAUUUGAACUCAGGUUGUUUAUGGGAGAAGAGUCUGUGGCAUAGAGUAUAGCUCUGUAGUGAAAUAAGUCCUCUGUGUAACUAGACUGUUAACCUACGAUUGUAAACUAGCUGUAAGGAUUUCUCAGUGAAAUCAGAUUUGGAAAGAAAAGGGAGGUAGUUCUCCGGGAUGCAUAGAUUCAUGAUUUAUCUACUUUUGAAAUGUGGGUUUCUUCAUCUUUACAUGUUCUAGACUCCAGUUUUGUCCAAUGUACAUAGAAUCUCCAUAUUAAAGAAAUAUUCGUACUCAGAAAGCUUGAAUAUUGUUUUUGCACCAGAGGAGAAGUGAGGAAAUUCAGAGCUAUACAUGUGUGCAGAGGGUUACUACCUAUGGUUUAUGUUUAAUUUUAAUUGGGGGAAAGUGAGUGCUUAUUGUAAUGGAGUUAAUUUUAUUGAUAAUAAAUUAUACACCAUGAAACCGCUAUUGGGCUACUGUAGAUUUGUAUCCUUGGUGAAUUUGGGGUUUCCAUCGGACCGAACAUACACUGUAUAUUUUGCAAUAGUUACCUCAAGGCCUACUGACCAAAUUGUUAUGUCAAGAUAUUUAACUUUUGCCAAAUAAAAUAUAUUGAUUCUUUU